AUGGCUGGUGUUGGAAGAGUCGUUCGGCCAAAGAAGUUGUCUCCCAGAUUCCUCGGUCCGUAUCAAAUUUUGAGGCGCAUAAGACCGGUCACUUACGAGAUUGCUUUGCCGCCUCAACUGUCCAACCUUCACUCGGUCUUCCACGUCUCUCAACUCAGGAAGUACAUAGCCGAUCGGUCUCACGUGUUGGAAGUUGACGACAUUCAAAUCAAAGGAGACUGUUCGGUCGAGCUGCAACCAGCCAGAGUUGAAGAGUUUAUGACCAAACGACCCAGUGGGAAAGCAACGAGCCUCAUCAAAGUAAUAUGGGAUGACCGAACGAGUGAUGCCACUUGGGAGAAGGAAAAAGACAUGAAGACAUCCUAUCAUCAUUUAUUCUCAGGUAAAUCCUAA